AUGACGAGGCCGUUAGAAGAUAAACUUGCGAUAAUCACCGGCGCAUCACGGGGGUUCGGUGCUGCCUUAGCACGUCAUCUGGCUUCCAAGGGAGCCAGUAUCGUCAUCAACUACGCUUCAGAGUCAUCCAGUGUGCUCGCAACUACUCUAUCCCAAGAGAUAGAACAUCAGCAUUCCGUCCGGGCAUUGCCAGUAAGGGUGGACAUUACUACGCCUAACGGCCCAACCCAACUGAUCGACGCGGUAAGAUCAGCUUUCGACAACGGCGAUGGGUUUCGGAUCGAUAUACUAGUAAAUAAUGCAGGCAUUGUUAACCCAGCGCCAAUGGGUUCAGUCGCCUUGUCAGACUUCGAAGCAACCUUCGCAUUAAACGCGCGCGCACCGUUAUUUAUCUUACAGGCUGCACUACCAUAUCUGCCCCAUGAUAGAUCAGGUCGUGUGAUCAAUGUCUCCAGCAUAACGACUUCGAUGGGCUUUUGGUGGCAAUCUUGCUACGCUGGUACUAAAGGCGCUCUUGAAGCAAUGACACGGGUAUGGGCACGAGAGCUCGCCGAACGCUGCACAGUCAACUCCAUCAAUCCGGGUGCAAUGGCUACUGGCAUGUAUACGGGUCUACCGAAGGAGAUGUUGGAGAAGGUCUGGUCGCUCAACUACAUGGCGCCACUGGCUGCGACGAGAGAGGGUAUCGACUCGGAAGAUACCAUUGCUGCAGCGAAGGACAUGGGUGGGAGGCCGGCAUAUCUAGAUGAGGUUGCAGGAGUUGUCGGCUUACUGUGUAUGCCUGAGGCUGGGUGGAUCACGGGACAAGUGAUUGGUACCAAUGGUGGUGGUGUGAUGACCAAAGGGUAG